AUGGUUCGACCCACUCCACAAGCCAAUUCACUGCGCAGCAACGGGUAUUUAGUGAGUGCAACUACACCGCAGAAUCGUUCUCCUCGCUCAAUGACCGCUGCGUCCGGCAGUGUUGCGUCUACAUCGCAUGCACUGUGCUCGCAGGUGUCAUCAUCGAGCGUUAACUCACAACGUCCAUCUACCGGCCAUGCUAAUAAUCACAGCAGCGGUCGAAGUUCAGAUUAUGCUCAGCUUGCUGACUGUGUUGAUGCGGCCAAUCACAGUGGCUGUUCACAAAACGUCAAAGAAGAUGACACACUUAGUGUAGCCGGCACUGUCUUUAACGAACCCUGGGACUCAAACGUUUGGGAAAAUCUGCUAGAUUUGGCUCAGUAUGGUGACGAGAAACCUGGUGGGAUGAAGCAUGUCGAUUCAGCGAUGAAUUCAUGCAUUGAAGAACCGAUAGCUGAAGAAGACUCAGAAGAUGAAAUUGCUUGCUCACUAGAAGCGAGUUCAGAUGGAGAGGACGAACAGAGUAUCCAUGUUGUGCAGGAGAAAGUAUGUACUGGAGACGUCGAGGAAUAUGGUACAAUACUGCGAAAACGAGACGCUGCAUAUGGUGCUAACGAGAUGGAUAAAAGGCGUGGGAUUGUUGAAACUGAGACACAUGGGAAAUCCACAGAUGCAUCAAAUAACACGAUUUUUUCCGGAUCUAAUAGCAAAAUUAAUACGCUAGCUAGUCGAAAGGAAGUAUCUAAUUCAUUAGUGAAUGUCUCUGACGGCACAGCAAGCCUUGGAAGUCGCAAAACCUUAAACUCGCAUUCGGUACGGAGAAGUUAUUUUAUUGAAAAAUUUUUAGUGCGUAUUCAAUUUUUCCUUUUACAGUUUAUGGAGGAGAACAUUCCUUUGCCUCGUGUUUUGCCGCGGUAUGCCAAAAUCGAUGACGCAAUUUUGGAAUCGCUGGACGAUAUAUCAACAAGUAUUCGUGCUCUCUCUCCGAUUAUAUCUCCUCCAAGAUUGCGCACUAGUUUAAAUUCUGACCCCAGUACCAAAAUCCAGGAGUACGUUGAAAGAUUAUCUCGUGACGAGAAUACGGUAUUUGGAGCCACUUUAAAGCGAUUUACUGAAUGUACAGUUGAAGGAGAGGAAAGCGACCCUCAAGUGGGUUUACAUACAAAACGGGUUGUUAUUCGUAAUGUGCGACAGUUUUUGAACGGAAUGAAGAACUACCUUGUAAAGCAUGGCGAAGGGGAACUGCAUGACAUAAUUGAGAAGGAACGUUCGCGGUUAAAUGCGAACGAGUUCUUGAACAUUGAUGCCAUCUUAGAAGCUGUACUUCACAAAAUCGUACUCAGUCCUGUAAAGCCUCAUCUUUAUCAUCUUAUGGUGAGAGAACAUUCCAAAAAUGGUUGGUUACAAUCUUUGUCUGAAAAUCUUACUUAUGUGCGAACGUUAUCGCCAGAGCAGCUUGGAUUUGGAAUUCACUGCAAGUUCACUCCUUUGUCUCCCCAAAAGAUGGAAGCUAUCAAAAUCUGCUUGAGGAAGAUGCAGCAUCAUUAUUCGCCUUUGAAGAAACUUGAAAAUUUGUUGCGGGUCAUUUUUAUGGCUGUUGGUCAGCAUCGCUUGUGUAACGAAAGCCCGACUUUGGACUCGGAAAAUUUUGAUCCGGUGACUGGGGAUGCGGCCAAAACAAGAAAUUUGCCUCCUGCAGACGAAUUGGUUCGUUGGCUGGUUUAUCUACUUGCGCGUACUUCGACUGUAGGUUGUGAGGUGGAGGCGUGGUAUAUGUGGGAGUUGCUUCCGAAACAGUUACUCACAACGGGGGACACGAGUUAUUAUUUGAUUGCGCUUUUCUCGGCUGUUGAUGUUCUGAAGAAUACAGAGAGUAUAAGAAGACUGGGUUAUGUGGAAGAUCCAUAUACAGUGUUGUUUAAGGGUGACUCCUGUUCGUCUUCUGCUGGUAGUACUAGUCCUAUUUUAUCAACGUCAGAUGCGUUCGUACGGGUUGCUAUUCCUGAUGAAAUUGAUGGUUCUAUUCGCUACCAUACGUUCCCUGGUGUUCCACAAAUGACUGCAGGAAAACUUUGUCGGGUUAUAGCACACCAGUUUGGCAUAACAAAUCCGGAAGAUCAUGGCCUGUACCUUUUGGUGGAUGGCUUCGAAACCUGCCUUCUGAGCAAUGAAUGCCCAGAUUUAAUUAGGCAUCAGUUGAGAAAUGCUCGAAAAGAACAUUUGUUUGCAUAUAAAAGACAUGAAGCUAAGAUCGCUUGGCCGAAGGUGGCAAUGACUUCAACUUUACGUUAG